GUCAGCCCGUCCCCUGGCUGCAGCUGCACUCACAUGUGGCCACUGCUCACCAUGCACAUAACCCAGCUCAACCGGGAGUGCCUGCUGCACCUCUUCUCCUUCCUAGACAAGGACAGCAGGAAGAGCCUCGCCAGGACCUGCUCCCAGCUCCACGACGUGUUUGAGGACCCCGCACUGUGGUCCCUGCUGCACUUCCGUUCCCUCACUGAACUCCAGAAGGACAACUUCCUCCUGGGCCCGGCCCUCCGCAGCCUCUCCAUCUGUUGGCACUCCAGCCGCGUGCAGGUGUGCAGCAUCGAGGACUGGCUCAAGAGUGCCUUCCAGAGAAGCAUCUGCAGCCGGCACGAGAGCCUGGUCAAUGAUUUCCUCCUCCAGGUGUGCGACAGGUAGGCCACCUUGCCUCCUGGGCAGUGCUGGCCCCGCUAGCUCUGGCUUCCCUCUUGGGGGGCAGGGAAGAGCAAAUUACAAGACCAAGAUGGCUC